AGAAGUCCAUGGUUUGUAGUUUCUCCGCCCCGUCGAUCCCGUCCCGAUCAGGUGAAACCGUUUUCCUGUCCAAACGGAUCCGGUCGGGUCUCUGCGUCGUUGCUGCUGCUGCAGAUCCACGCGUCUUAUUGUGAAAGGACAACGAACCCAAACUGCUGCAGCAGAAUGUGAAACGCGGCCGCAUUCAAUCACAGACGUCAGCUCUGCCUCUGCGGUGGGAACCAAAACGUCUGGGUUCUGUUUCCUCUUUGUUGGGAGUUUUCAACCUGAACGCAACAACAUCAAUUAGCCAGAACCGACGCCUGCGGACUCUUUAAACUUCUUCUCUCCCAGAGAAGCCGGUAGGAAAAUGUGUGUUUACAGUUUGCAGGCUGUGUGUGGAGGAUUAUGGUAAUAACAGGCUGCCGGGCCGCGCUGGUGGGCGGGCGGACGGGCGGGUCCGCGGACCCUUAUCAGCGCGUUGCAGAGGUUCUUCACCUUGAUUCUCUGCUUUAUCACCAAAACCAGACGAAGACGCUUCUGGAAGCCCAAAUGAUCUGAUGCUAUCAGCGGCGGCUCUUAUCUUCACCCAGGUUUGCAGGAAGCGACCCAGAAGCGGUGAGAGGCGGCGCUGACCUUCAGGCUGGAGAGCAGAACCGGGUUCUUCUGCUGGUUCUUCUGCAGGAUGGGCUGAAGCUGUCCGGUUUCCAAGGAGACGGCAGGCGGAGGGGUAGUGUACCCACACACGCUGCGCUCUCGCUCUCCGCUGGACGGAGCGGGUUCGUCUCUGCUCAACUUCCUCCAGAUGUUUGGCUGCAUCAGGAGGAAACGGAUCGCUUCAGUCCAGCGGGGCGGCGAGGGACGCCGCCGCUUUAAGAACACUUAAUUAGGAGUCAAUGAUCACCAAUUGAGCCAUUGAGCCGGCGCUUCCAGAUUUCCAGCCUCAGCUGCGUCCGUCACGCUCCCACGCUCACGUCUCACUCCCCCCGCUGGAGGAAUUAUCUGCCCCGUGUCCUGGGGACCGGGGGGGUAAAACAUGCUGUCCGCCGCCAUUCAGAUCCUGGCGUUCGCCCUGGCGCUGCUGGGUGUCCUGGGCGCCACCGUGGCGACGCUGCUGCCCAACUGGAAGGUGAGCGUGAACGCGUGGAGCAGCAUCAUGACCCCCAUCUCUCAGAUGCAGGGUCUGUGGGCGGACUGCGUGUGGUACAGCUCCGGCGUCUUCAGCUGCACCAUGAAGGACUCCGUGCUGUCGCUGCCGCCGUCGCUGCAGAUGAUGCGGGCUGGCAUGGUUCUGUGCUGCAUGGUGGCAGCGUUCGGGCUCUGCCUCGCCUCGCUGGGGCUCAAAUGCACCCGGUGGGGGGGCAGCCAUCGGGCGAAGGGUCACACGGCGAUGGCGGCGGGCGGCUGCUUCGUUCUGGCCAGCCUGCUCUGCCUGGUUCCGGCGGCGCUCUUCACCAACGAGGUCAUCACCGCCUUCCUGACCACCGACCUGCCGGACAGCAGCAAGUACCAGCCCGGCGGCGCGCUCUGCGUCACCUUCAUCGCCGCCGGGUUCCUGCUGGCCGGAGGAGUCAUCUUCUGUCUGUCCUGUCCAGGAAGCGGGUCCUCCGGACCGGACAGCGUCUCAAACUCCGACUCAAUCAGACUGGAAAGGAGGCAGGAGCCGAAAGUGGAACCCAAACAGAAGAAGAAGAAAAGUGUGCGGCUGCAGACGGAUGAGGUGAGGCAGGAGAAAACGGUUCUGGACCGGCAGAAACUCCCACAGAAAGACCUGAAGGACAACUACAGCCUGCAGGAGUACGUCUGACGCUCAGGCGGAGGGGAAAUGUGGCGUUCAGGCGCCUGAAGUGGGGGUGGUGUGUGUGUGUGUGUGUGUGUGUGUGUGUGUGUGGAGGGGAUAAUUACUAAAUGUUGUAAAUGACAGAUUGUAGAUUCAGCUGAAUGCCUCAGAAGCAGAGCAGGACUCUAAAAAAAAACGAACCUCAGAGACAAAAAAGGCUGAAAACCUUUAAAACGCGACGCUGCAGCUUCACUGAAACCAAAAACCUGAAGACAAAAAACGUUUCAGCUCAAACUGAAACCAAAAAGCCAUUUUAUUCCAGCCAAUUUUCUGCCUUCAGAUAGAGCUAAUGCUCCAACAGGGCUGCAGCCAACAGUUCUGGGGACGGGGCCCCAAUGCAACAUUACAGGCAACACUUUUUUAUUUUUAUGCUGUUUGUUCUUGCAGUGCAUGAAAAAAAAGUUUAAUACUAGAUCCAAAAAAACUGAAUUACUUUGUUUCCUUUAUUACUUGCAGAGUGAAUAAUAAAAAAAUUACUGUGAACAGGAUGCAGAAGAAAACUGGAAAGUUAAGAAAGCAAACCUAAAGCUUAUUUAAAAAUUUUUAAUGUCUGAUGAGGAAAAAAAUGCAGACAGAAAAAAAGAAAAGAAAAUGAUGUACAGGUGCAUCAUGCAUGAUUCAUCUCUGCACAAAAACUCCAUCCAGUAAAUCUCGGUAAAUGAAGUAAAAUAUUGUUUUACUUAUCAGAUUUUUCUAGGUUCAAUUUCCAUCAUAUUAAUUUAUUUUUAUUUUUGCAGGUUCUGUGGAAACAGAGAAAAAGAUGCAGGGAAAUUAAGAAAAUGUACCAACAGCAGUCUGAUGUUCCCACAAUAAUUUAUUUUAGCUAAAAAAUCACAAUUCAGGUUUUUAAAACUUUGUCCGCAUUUGUCACAUGUUUUGGCAGCGAACUAAGGAUCAUACUAAGAAAAAACUUAAAAUAAAAUUAUGAGAGUAAAGUAAUUGGAUUCUACGAAUGAACUUGUACGAGAAUAAAGUCAUGGCUUUAUGUGAGGAAAGUCAUAAUAUUAUGAAAAUAAUACAAAGAAUAAAUUUGUAGUCUAGCUAAAAUAAACUCAUACUAUUAAGAAUAAAGGAGUAAUAAAGUCAAAAUCAAACCGGAAUAAAGUUACAAUAUUAUGACUUUAUCUUGACUUUACUCUGAUACGACUUUAUUCUUGUAAUUUUAUUUAUAUAUAUUUUUUAUCUUUGUGGUUUAACCACAAUACUCUUAAACUUGUUACUGUUGGUUAAAUUGAAUGUAUGUCAUUAAAGGACAGAAACUUGUUUCCCCCACAGCAACAAUUAAAACACAUCAUCGCCACCUACUGGCAGUGGAUGGUGACUGUCAAAAUUAAAGGGCAAAUAUAAUUUAAAUUGAAGCUAGCGCAUUAGCACAGCGUCGGCUAAACAUACUGGUGUACCACUUUAUCGUUAGAGGAACUAAUUUUUAUAAUUUUCUGUUUUAGGUUUAGCGUAGCUAACUUAGUUAGCAGUGUUCACCACUUCAUAGUAAUGAAAACAUGACAAACAUCCUUCGCAGGUUACCGGAGAGAAAAUAUCUCAGUUUCUCCAGAUUUUAACCAUCACUAAAUAAUAAAUGUGUUACAGUUAAUUAUAUUCAAAUGCUGAUUAUUUUUGAAAGCCCCACUAGGUGGCGAUAAUGGCAUCAAAAUACAUGUGGCUAAAGCAGCGUUGGGCUAGCAACCUGUCCAGAUUGUUUUUAGCUCAUCUUGUCUUUGUCCCUGUUCAUUUUUUUGUUCUGUUUCUAAAUUCUACAGCUGAUACUUGAAGUUCAUUGAAAACGAUGUACAGUCUAACUGGAACCAUCUUGUUUUUUUUUUUUUUAAUAAUUGUUAAGGAAAGUUUUUAGCUUCUUGUUUUUUCUCACUGGGUGAGAAAAUCCACAUCAUUGUAAAAACAGCCAUCAGCAGUUAGAUGCAGAUUUUUCUUUAUUCAUUUGUGAAAAGGUGAAUUUAACAAACCAACACCUGCCUUGGACAGUCGGUCUGUUUCUGGAGAUUGGUGAGGAAACCUUCCAGCAGAUUAGCUGGAAAUUGCUUUGAUGGCCUCUUUUCUUUUUUAAUGGCUUUGCUGAGAAAAUCACAGCGACUGAAUGUGUGUUGAAUUUUUAUUGAACGCUGCUGCCUUCUUCACCAUGUCUGCUUUGGGUUUGCUCUGAUCUCAUCAAUAAUUUCUAGAAAUCCUUCACUUUCUGCUUCAGCUGUACACGCUUGUAUGAGAAGCAAUAAAAUAUGUUGAGCUUCUUA